UUAAGGUUGCAAGAUUCCAAAAAACCUGAAACAAAAACUACAGGAUCUUCUUAACUAGGAGUUUUGUUUAAAAUGGUAUCUACGUAUGCUCUCUUUGUUGUCAUACACUCCACUUCUGCCAAAAACUAGAUCCGAAGAUACAAUACAAAGUCUAGGCCCUUUAACCUCUCUUUCUCUUUCUGAUCAACCAGAGAAAUGGAAGCAGGGAUUCUUUGGCAAACUAGAAGUCCUACUCCAUCCCUGCCGCGACAGCCGCGUGGUUGUAAGAUCAAGUAUCACUCUCCUGCUAUUCUUGCAGUUCUUACAAGAGCACCGGAUAAUAACAUGACUGGAGUAACAGAGAAAAGGAAAGCUUCAAAUCGGACAGACAAGUUAGCAGGACUUACGGAAAAGACUAUCUAUAAUGAUAGCUGGUUUGCCGAGCUAGCGAUAAACUAUCUAUCACAGCAAUUUCAAGAUGCAACAGGGUUAAGAAACAGCAAGAGAGGUUAUGAGAGCUUGGCGCAGACAGCUACAGAUACAUGGCAGAAAUUCAGUCCAAUUCAACAACACGGGCUUGUGCUUCAAUCUCUUAAUCGAGCCAUCCCCAGACUGAUCUUGAACAUGAUAAAGAUAAUGCUACCAGAGUCCACGUUUAAAAGAGAGUACUUUGCGGCCUUCACAACCUUGUUCUUUGCUUGGCUAGUAGGACCCAGCGAGGUGCGGGAAUCUGAGUUCAACGGAAAAAAGGAAAAGAAUGUAGUCCACAUAAAAAAGUGCAGGUUUUUAGAGGAGACAAACUGUGUUGGGAUGUGUACCAAUCUGUGCAAGAUUCCGAGUCAAACAUUUAUCAAGCACUCCCUUGGAAUGCCAGUUGACAUGGUUCCUAGUAAGUAUUCUCAUUCAGCAACUAUAUGCAUGGCCACACAGGCAUAAGAACCAAAUCACUGUAUGUGGCACAAUCAUAAGAGACGGCAUUUGAGGGCAAAAAGAAAGAAAGGACAAACACAGAACACUACUGCAUAAGAAAUCAAUACUCAAAUUUUGUUUUGCACUGCAAAGGGCGUAUAAUGUGCAGAACAUUGGAAUAGAAAGUUGCCAAUAGAACAACGAUUUUUCCAUUUUCCUCUCAUGGCAAUUGAAAAGGAACAAAAUACAAAGGGAUAUACUUCAAGGAGUAAUAGUAACUGCACUAGAGAAUGUGGAAGCCAUGCUCAUCAUGUCAAUGGAGGGCCCCAAGGGGGGCCCAAGCAUAACCACUAAGGGUGCAAAACUGCAAGUAAACCCAUCCAAUCUAAGGUGUGAAUUUCAGCAUAUAGAAGAAUACUGCUAAUAUAUCAAGUCAAAAUUACCUGAAUUAGUGAACAUUAAUUAAAAAUAUAUGAUUCCAUGAUUGGUGCCACCAAGUCGUCCAAAUUCAAUACAAUCCGCUAAUUUUCACCUGUUUCCCAUGAAACCAAUCAUGAUCCUUAACCUGCUCCCAUAUAUCAUGACAACAAGCACCUAAGUUGAACGUUAGUCACAUUCCCACGUGCCAAUCAUUAGCUGAGUGCAGGGCCACCACUGUUAAAAUUUUGCAAUCAACACACGAUGAUUUAAAUGAAGGGGAUCUGUCUACUGCAGCUAAGUUACUAAUGGUUUGCUGUCUGAUUUUGUAGAUUUUGAUGAUAUGAGCUGUGAGAUGAUAUUUGGUCAGGAGCCUCCGGCAAUAACUGAAGAUCCAGCAUUCAAACAGCCAUGCUAUAAACUAUGUAAUAAUUCAAGUCACCCUCACAUAAGCACAUGCUCGUGCAUCCUUAAUUCCACCAUAUGUUUUGGCUUAAUGAACAAAACAAGCACAUCCAAUCUGGCAGCAGAUUGGCCAUAUGUGGAUCAGAAGAACUUUUGAGUGUUCUAAAAGGCAGUCUACUAAUUGAGAACAAUAAUAUCAAAGUUUAGAAAAUAAAAAAGGAAAGUCGUUUCACACUCACACAAUCCUUGUGUAUUUUGCAGGUAAAGCAAACCGAAAGCACAUUAUGAAAUGCUCAAGUUAACAUGAAGACGCAAGGAAGGAGGAGUUCGUUUUACAAUAUGAACCUUUUAUCCUGACAACUAAUUGAGAGAUAUUUCUUUCAUACUGUAUACAAUUCAGAAGUUCAUGACCACUUGUACUAAGUCACAAUAUUGUAAUGAUUUUUUACUUAUUCAAUAUACCACUGAAGAAAUGAGAGACAA